AUGGAUAAAGUAGAUCAAUAUUUUUAUAGUAAAAUGUCGUCAAAACCAAUUGAAUGGCUUGUUCAGAAAAGUCGGAAGGAAAAGAAGCGAAACUUGAAGAAGAAAAUAAGAAGUGGAACAAAAACGACGAGGAAUGAUGAUCAAACAAAAGAGAGAAAUAUCUUCUAUUGAGUGCAUAGACGAGUGCUAACAACGGAGCUGCACGGGAAAGCAAAUCUUACAGUACGGAUGGAAUUAAAAAGCUUGUUGGAAGUAUAUUUAAUGAUCUGAAAAAACACAUUUUGUUGGCGCUCCUGUCUACCAUUCACAAGCAAUGUCAUUUUUCUGCCAUUUCAAAGAGGAAAGAACCCAGUCUUCCACAUAUCAGAGCUGACGUGGUGCAGAGACGGAUGGUUGUGGUUGUGGUUGUAGUUGUGGUGAUGGGUGGCGGUAAUGGCGCUUGUGGUAGUGGUGCUAUAGCGCUGUACACUAUAGCAACGCAGCAUCGGAGCUGUUCCGCUGAUGCAUUUACAAUUCUCUCUUAUCUGUCAUCAUUUAUUUAUUGUAUUUAUUAUAAAUGUAAACAUCGACUGACCGUCUGA